AUGAAGUGGAUGUUCAAGGAAGACCACUCUCUGGAUCACCGCAGCGUGCAGGCGACCAAGAUCCGUGCCAAAUACCCGGACCAUGUACCGGUGAUCGUUGAGAAGGUCGCUGGCUCCCACAUCGGAGACAUCGACAAGCGCAAGUACCUGGUGCUGUCCGACAUCACCAUCGCCCAGUUCAUGUGGAUAGUGCGCAUGAAGAUCCAGCUCGCAGCGGAGAGCGCAAUCUUCCUCUUCAUAGACAAUACGGUGCCACAGUCGAGUCUGAGCAUGGGCCAGCUGUACGAGGAUCACAAGGAUGAGGACGGGUUCCUGUACGUGGCCUACAGCGGCGAGAGCACCUUCGGCUGACUGCAGAGACGCGGAGAC